GAAAUUGCGUUGAAUGAACGCUUUGGUAGCAGACCGCACCGAAUCUAAAAGUGAACGGGGGAGAAGGGAAGAUUUCGUCCUAAAACCCUAGAAACUUGUAAAUCCCAUCCCAGUGAAAGAAAGGAGUCUCCGAGAGAUGCAAGGGAAGAAGAAGAAGGAGAUGAGUUCCAUCUUCGAUAACUGCCACGAAACCGCUUCUCAGGAGAUUUUUCUACGGAGCUGCGGCUUCGCUCAACGAGGCGUUAUUCCAGAUUCCGAUCCCUCCGUCCUCCUCCCCGGAGCCUCCUCGCCUUUAAAUGAAAUCGCAUCUCGCCGUGAUUCCCAGACGGAUAGUGUAAUCAAUUCGGAUUACCAAGAGGAAUUAGUGGAGAGCCAUGCGGUUCGAUUCGUCUCUCCCCCCGAAAGCCCUGAUACCGUUGAUUCAGAGGAGGAUCCUACGGUUCCUCUUCAAUCAGCUAAUCUGUUGUCAUCAUCUCCAGCCAAGAAGAGGCUUAAAGUUCCUUUGAGGGAUGUUGUGAAAGCCAUCGUUAUGAACUCGAGGAGCACAGAGGAGGACGAAGACAGAGGGAUUGAGAAGAAGAAGAAGAGGAGCUGUGUGCAGAUCCUUAUCGAAAAGGGAUUCAAUUUCCCUUGAGGGAUGCCAAACAUGGAGAAUUGAGUGAGAAUAUAUAAGAAUGUAUGAGUGUAUGGUAAUCCUCUUCAGCUAGCUUUUGGAUGUGAAUUACAUAUGUUUCAUGGUAUAUAUUGAUAUGCUAUUGGUGUUGGUAAUGAGAAUAUCAUAACUCUUGCUUC